GUGAAUUACUUCCAUCCCAAAGAAGGUUUCGUACAAAGAGUUGUUGUGUUUGUGGAUACAUAGCAUACCACAGCUCAAUCCAUGGCGAAAUGCUGGCUGAUGCUCCUCUUCUUGGUGUUUCUCCUGCCGGCGACGAGCGCGACGUCGUGCCACGCCGACGACCUCCGCGCACUGCGGGACUUCGCCCGGAACCUCACCGGCGGUGGCGUCAUCCUCCGCGCAGCGUGGUCCGGCACCUGGUGUUGCAGAUGGGAAGGUGUGGGCUGCGACGGCGGAAGUGGACGCGUCACAACGCUGCGGCUUCCCGGACACGGCCUUGCAGGACCCAUCGCUGGAGCAUCCUUGGCGGGCUUGGCGCGGCUAGAGGAGCUCAACCUUGCCAACAACAGACUGAUCGGCACAUUCCCAUCGUGGAUUGGUGAGCUUGAACACCUUCGUUACUUGGAUCUCUCAGAUAAUUCAUUAAUUGGCGAGGUACCCAAAAGUUUGAUACGGUUCAAGGACAUCACCAUCGCUGGUCGCUCACUGGGUAAGGCUUUCACUAACAUGCCAUUAUAUGUGAAGAGUAACAGAAGAACACUCCAACAACAACCUCAACCAAAUACAAUAUCUGGGACCAACAAUACCGUCAGAUCUGGGAGCACCAAUGUUGUUUCUGGGAAUGACAACACUGUCAUAUCCGGGAACAACAACAAUGUGUCCGGGAGUAACAACACUAUCGUAACCGGUAGUGACAAUACCGUAGUUGGAAGCAACCAUGUCGUAUCUGGGAACAAACAUGUCGUAACUGACAACAACAAUGCCGUAUCCGGAAACGACAAUAAUGUAUCCGGGAGCUUCCAUACCGUAUCCGGGAGCCGCAAUACUGUAUCUGGGAGCAACAAUACCGUAUCUGGAAGCAACCACGUCGUGUCUGGGAGCAACAAAGUCGUAACAGGAGAUGAAUGAUCAAUAAGUGGAUUGGUUCCAUCUUUCGGAGCUAAUGUACGUGUACAAGUUCAGUAUGUCUCAUAAUCACAUGGUGGGGCCAAUCAUGUUAUGUAACUUCAUGGAUACAUAUAGCCUCCUUUUCCUACUUUCAAUAAAAUUUCCCUAAAAUGUCUUACAUACACGCUCCAAAUAUCAACGGGGGGCUUGCAGCUGAUGUAGACAAAGUGCAUUUGCUUAUGAAUAAAUUUGUGUUGUGGAUGUCCA